CCAACUCAUCUAACUCACAACGACCACCUCUGUCGCGCGUAUUGAACGUUGAACCUUUUCUUCGCAAACCUAUCAAGUGCGCGCAGCGUGCGUCGUCGUGGCCUUGUAUAAGCAUGUCGAUCUUCUCUAUCUUCUACUGAAUACAUCCGCUCGACACCAGCACCACGGAUAGUCUAUUCCAUCUUGCCAUGCCUGCCACUAGUCGUCGCGGCAAGCUGCUCGACGAGGAUUACGAACUCAAUGACCCGGAAGACGAUAUAAGUGACUGGGAAGAAACCCAUAGAAGACGAUCGGGCGGAAGCUCUCAGAAGCGUGCUCGCGGGAGCAAGGCGGGCUCUUCCCGAGUCAAGAGGCGCGCCUCUGCUAAGCUCUGCAAACUGCCUACCCUUCCGUUAGACAUUAUCUACGAGAUACUCUCCCUGCUAACUCCAAUCGACCUCGCCAAUCUUGCGCACACGGAUACGGCAUUCCGCUCGACACUCACGUCUCCUCAAGCCUCCAGCAUCUGGAAGGCAGCCCGGAAGCGCAACGGGUCCGUCCCUGACUGUCCGCCUAAUGCGGGGGAAGUGGUUUGGGCUAGGUUCAUCUACAGUACGCCCAAUUGUGAGGAGUGCGAUGCAUCUCACAUCCACUAUGUAGACUUCGCUCUCAGGCGGCGUGUGUGCAAGAGGUGCAAGAAGCAGAAGUUUGUCUAUGCGCCCUUCUUUGGCAGGCGGUUUCCUGACUUCGACCCCGAAAUGCUGGAACUGAUUCCGCAUUCAAAUAUCGGAUGUUCGUCUACAAAGCGUUCAAAAGCCAAGGCAGACUCGAAAUUCUACUGGGAAGACGAUAUAUAUGCAUAGUGGAUCACGUCCGCAAGUCGUACGUUGCGAUGGUUCCUCGUCCUCCCUCAG